UGAAAAACUGCAUGAUAAAACAGCAAAUCAAAACAAAAUAAACAAAAAAUCACUAUCAAAUCAACAAUUUGUUAAUAUUUUAAUAUUUUCACAUAAAUUAAAGUAUAAUAACUAUGGAUAUACCUAAACAAAGAUCACAAAUCAAUAUUUUAGAAGUGUUUAGACAAGAAAAAUUGCAAAAGCAUGGUUUUCUAACAGUAUCAGCACCAAUGGUACGUUAUAGUAAACUGGAGUUUCGUCGUCUUUUAAGGAAACACGGUGUCAAAUUAUGCUUUACACCCAUGAUUAUAGCAGAUUCCUUUAAUAAUAGCGAGAAGGCUAGACAAAAUGAAUUCACGACCACACCGGAAGAUAAACCCUUAAUAGCACAGUUUGCUGCCAAAGAUUCGCUGGAAUUCUCGCAAGCGGCUGAACUAAUAUAUCCCUAUGUAGAUGGCAUAGAUCUUAAUUGUGGUUGUCCCCAAUCCUGGGCAAUUAAUAAAGGUUACGGUUGUGGUUUAUUAAAACAACCGGAAUUGGUGAAGGACAUCAUACAAACCAUAAGACGAAGAGUAAAUGAAAAUUUUAGUGUUUCAUUGAAAAUAAGACUGCUUAAUCAUGAAAGCAGCCAAACAACUAUAGAAUUUGCCCGACAACUGGAAAUGUGUGGUGCAACGUUUCUCUCCCUGCAUGGCCGCACGAUGUGGCAAAAAACCUCGGAUCCCUUAAAUGUGGAAGCCAUACGUGAAGUAAAACAGUCACUAAGCAUACCCCUCAUAGCCAAUGGUAAUGUUAAAUCCUGGGAAACAGCCUGCGAAUUGUAUGAACAAACCAAAGCAGAUGGCAUAAUGGCGGCCCGCGGUUUACUGGCAAAUCCUGCUUUAUUUAAUCCAAAUUAUCCACAUGCUAGCACAUCUGCACCCUUGGAUUGUAUACAAGAUUGGUUGAAUAUAGCGGCCGCGGCAGGAGAUAAUUUACAGUUCUUAUGUUUCCAUCAUCACUUGACCUUUAUGUGGGGUUGUAAUUUAAAACGAAAACUACGUUUGGAAUUCAAUACCUUUACGAAGAAACAACAAAUUUUGGAUUUUUUCUAUGACAACUAUAAUGUUAAACCUGCAGCAGAAUUCCUAAAUAAGCCCUUGAACUAUACUGAUUGUACGUAUACGCAUAGCAAUAAUUCGCAAGAACUGACUACAGAAUCUUGGAAUUUAAAUACAAAUGGUAAAUUCUUUAAUGAAUUUCAGCAGGAAUUGAAUGCGGAAGCUGAACAGGAUGAUGAUUGUGAUUUAGGUAGUAGUUUUUUUGCGGAAAUUUAGAAAGUAACUUAGUUUUGUAAAUAAGUAUAAAUUGACAGAUAUGCAAAUAAAAAUAUUAAUAUUCAGAUUUUUGGAAGAAA